AUGCUAUACCAAUUGAUUCGACAAACUGUAUUAUCAAAAGAAUUAAACCUAUUUAAACAUGUUAGAGAUAUUCAUGUACAAAUGAUUCGUAGUGGUGGUGUGACUACUGGUGUCGUGGUCGUCAAAGAUAAUACUAAAAUAGUAUCCUAUAGUAGAUCAUUGAUUAAAUCAUACAAUCAAAUUAAAUGUAUAUCUUGGAUGUGUCAACAUGGCUACUUUAAUCUUUUAAAGGAUAAAUUAGAAAUGUCACAAAAAGAUCAAUUAUUCUCUUUGACGGUUAAACAAGAGAAUAUAAGGAUGUUGGUGUAUUAUUCAACACAUGUCUACAAUGUACCAUUUGAAACCUUUCAAUCGAUUUACAAGUACCUCCAAGAAUACUUUUACGAUGACUCUGUAUUGGCCUAUUGUGGUAGAAUAGAUAUUCUUUCUUUUCUACUCUUACAAACUAGUCCACGUAGAUUAGAUCCAUUCACACCAUUCUUUAAUUAUAAUCAUAUUUAUUUGAAUCGGUAUACAUCUACUCGUAGUGACAACAAACAAAAAAAGAAUACCAACCUUGACACUCCAUUCAAACCGACCAUUGAAUACAUGAUUACCAAUUCAUUAUGUUCAAUUGGUAAUAUUGAUUUGGUUCAAUUUAUAAUCAAUAAUAUUAUAUUAAAUAAUAAUAAUAAUAAUUCAGACAAUGAAUUAAUAUUAAAUCAAAUUGGAUUGGAAUCAAUAACAAGUUUUGGGUCAUUGUUAAAGAUAUCAACAAAUAGUGGAUUGGAUAUAGAUAGAAAAUAUAAAUGUAUUAGAUAUUAUUAUGAUACAUUUCUUUGUAAAAGACAAAGAUUGGAUUGGAAUAAUAAGGAUUUAUUGUAUCAAGAGUAUGAACAACCUUUAGACUUUGGGUUCAAAGAUAUUGGUCAAUUUUAUCAAAAAUGUAAACUCAAAGAUGUUGCAAGCCAUCUUUUACUAUGUUGUGAUCAAGAAAUUGCAAAUCGUAUCAUUUCCUCGUUUCUUCUUGACUCUACUAGUCGAGAUAAAAUGAAAAGGAAAUUGGCCAAGGCUCUCAUCAACAUAUCACCACAACAAUUUCAACAAACACCAAUACAAUGUAGACAAUCUUACAUUUCAACCUUUUUGGCUUUAAACAACAACAACAACAACAACAAACUAAAAAUCAACACAAACUCUACCAAACCAAUACCAUUUUCAACAAACAUAGACAAUGAAUUUAUUUCAUUUCAAUUAGAGUUUUUAGAACAUUUUAUUGAUAAUCAUUGUUUGGUAUCUAUAUCACCAAUAGUACAAUCAUUGUGUAAUUAUUUUUCAUCUUUCUCCUCCUCCUCCUCUGCUUCACCCUCCUCUUCAUCCAAAAAGUUGGUAGAAUAUUUAUUACAACUUCAUCAGAGAUGUUUAAAUAUUGGUUACAAAAAUAAUAAUAUGUUUGAUUUAAUUUGUUUGUUUGGUACAAUGGAACAAAUUCAAUAUGCUUCCAAUUAUAUCAACAACAUUAGUGGUACUGUAAAGGAAGAAGAUAAUUUUAUUUUUGCAAGUUCUGAUGCAAUUGAUAAUGCAGCAUCCCGUUCAACGUUUGGAUUGGAUAUUGUAAAGUACUUGCAUACAAAUAGAACAGAGGGAUGUUCAGAAAAAGCCUUUGUUAAUUGUCAAGACCCGUCGGUCAUGUUGUACCUCUUCACCAACUAUGAAUCAAUGCUCUAUCAACCAGAGGACGAUAGUCUUGAUAAUCAUAUAUUUGGACUGGGCCGAUUUAUUGGUACUUGCAAUCAAGAGGUGAUUCAAUUGGGGUUAAAGAUAUCACAACAAAGAAAUGACCAACAACAACAAGAUCAAUUAGUAGAGGUGGCCAGUAUUGCCAAACCAAUACUGAAAAUGAAAGACAUUGGUCAAAGAAAUUCAAUAUUGGAAUUAAUCAAAGACCCAUUAUUCAGUACAAUGCAAGACAAGGAGAAGAGUGAAAAUUAUUAUCAUAUGUUUUCAGAGGCUUGCUCACAAGGUAACUUGGAACUAUUCCAAUCACUUGAAAGAAUCCUUGGAUGUACUGAACCAUUACAACUCGUACCACCUAUAACCAAACAAAAGACAAGUCUUUUGGAUGAUGCCUAUUUAAAUGGAAUGAAUAUAGAUUUAUUCAUUUAUUUAAUAAAAGGUAACAAAGAAGGUGGUGGAAAAUAUAUGGAUAAAUCAUUUAUUCAAAUCAUAAAAUAUGGAACAUUAAAAGAAUUCAAGUGGCUUGAAUCACAUAAACAAAUAACUUGGUCUUCAUUGGAUAAAAUAUUUGUAUCAAGUGCUGAACAUGGAAAUUUAGAAAUAUUUAAUUAUCUAUUACAAACUAAACAACCAAAUACAGUCAUAGGAUUACAACAACCAAUAUCUCCAAAUUGUAACCAAGUCAUGUUGGAAUUAUUAUUAUUAAAUUUAGAUUAUUUAAAACAACAACAACAACAACAACAAGAUGAUUAUAUCAAUCAAUUGGUUUAUUUUGAGUUAUUGGAAAAUGAAAAUGUUCAAUUGGUUAAAACACUCGAAGCUUCAAAGAUCAACUUUAAACUUUCAACCAAACAAACGAUACAUCUUUUAAAAAGAGCUAAUUUAUAUGUAGUUGAAUACAUACAAUCUAUAGGAUUGAUUGAUUCAAUAGAUUAUCAUGUAUAUCAUAUUCUCAAUUGUUUUACUCCAAUUUAUAUUCAACAACUAUUACAACGACAUCAACAACAUCAAUUUAAAUUUGAUAAAUAUCAACCAAAUAGAUUUAAAAAUAUUCAAUCAUCACUUCAACAACAAAAACAAAAGAAAACCAACUCUUCUACUUCCUCUUCUUCUUCAUCCUCUUCUUUUAUUCAAAUGGUAUUUUCGAAUCAUUAUUUAUUGAAAAAGAUAAUAUCAUAUACAUGGAAUCCAAAAGUAUCAAAAAGAGAAAAGUAUCUGGAUAGUCAUCAUUCAUCAUACAGUAGAAAAGAAUUAUUGGCCUAUAAAAUAGCAAGAGGUGAUGAAAAGAAUGUACCAUUUGAUAGACCACAACUUUUAUUGGAUUACAACUUUUUAAAAGUUGUUUUGGAUAAAGAAAUUGCAACCGUUGAUAAAUUGGUAUCCUAUUCACCAUUAAAUAUUCAUAUAAUCGAAUAUUUACUAUUUGAUCCAAAUCUAAAACAAAAAGUUGGCUCUAAUGAAUUGGAUUACAUGUUUAGACGUUUCUUUAGUAAAUGUCAACUACAAGACGCUCAUAAUAGUUGGUUAUUCAAGCACAGACAUUAUCUUUGCCAACAAUAUGGAUAUUUGGAAAAGAGUGCAAUGCCAGGUUUACAAUAUUCAGCUCGUAAGAGUUGGUCAACUAGUAAACCAAAAAAAACAAGAAGAAAAUACAACCACAAAGUACCAGAAUACAAUCAACCAGACGUUGAUCUAGAUAAAUUAUUCCAAAUGGCGGCUGAAAGCAAGAAACAGAAACAAUCGGUGAACCAUUUAUUCAAUCACAGUUUUUGUAGAAAUUUUAAUCCUCUUUUAAUUGAAAAUGGAGAUCAUAAGAAGAAGAAGAAUAGAUCAAUGAAAAAGAUAAGCUUGGCAAAUAUACAUUGUAUUGCACAUCAUCUUUCGGCAGACUCUAGUUGUUGUGACAAGAAUGCAAAGGAAAUAAGUCAAUCCGAAUUAUUAUUAAAGAAAUACAUGUCAUCUUCAUCAUUGCAAGAAAUAUUGUACGACGGUAGUAGUUGGAGAUUUCACGAGCAACCUCUAAGCAUUGAACAAUGUGCAGGUUAUAUUUACAGUUAUUUUUACAAUGCAACUCUUGACCACGAGGAAUAUUUGAUCCGAGUGGUUUCGGGUCAAGAAGAAUUUUCUGUGCAAGAAAAUACAAUUUCCUUGGGCUUUACAAAUACAGUAAACAAAUUAUGUAAUCGAUUGAUAACUAAAAUGGUCUAUCAACAAUUGAUCCAUUUAUCAAAUACUUGUCAACAGCCACUUUUUCGCUCCCUACUACAAUUAAUUUUCCCAAAUAAUUAUUAUGGUUUGAAAUUCAAUCAAAAGUUACUACAAGAAAGAGAGGGCGAAUUUGAAAUGGUAGACUUUCAAAUUGGAAUUUCACCCAACAACGAUGAAUACCAUGAACAACUUUGUAUAGUCAUUGAAAAUCUAUUGGAUUUCAAGGUAUUGGAACUUUGUAAAAAGAGAUAUAUCAAUUCUCACUUUCUUUUACAUGACAAACCAAAGACACAUUCAACCAUUUUACAAUGGAUAUUGGAUCGAGAUGGUCAGUCUCUUGAUAUCUACCUACCAUACUACUAUUAUAUAGUAGAGAAUUGGCAAGACUAUCCUAUCCCUUUGGACACACUUGGCAAGAGACCAGAUUUGAUUCAAGUCUAUCAACAGACAUUGGAAAUGAUCACAAAAACGCAACCCACAUUAAUCAUUUCCUAUCAACUUGCAGUGGUUGCUUGUGCACUUUUCUAUGGAAACAUUGGAUUACUAGAGACUAUUGGUUGGGAAUAUAUAAAUAUUCAUCUAUUAACAGUAUUUGGGUUGAAAAUGCCUAAACACAAACAAACUCACAAUGAAUGGUCAUCGUCAAGACAAUUGUCUAUCACUCCAUUAAAAUCAAUUGACUAUUUACAAUACUAUUGUAUUAUUCUCAUCAACAGUUGUUCAAAACAUUUACCAGAAAAUACCAUUCAACUUUAUCAUUUCAAUUUACCAUUAUUGUUGGAAAUUAAUAAAAUUUUAAAAUAA